AAAAUCAGUCUAUGUGGCCAUCUUUGACGAAUGUGGUUUGAAAGGAGUGUAGCGAAAACGCGUGUGUGAAUUGGAAAUCGUUGAUUUUUCACAGGUUUUCUGCCACGGGCACCUGGAGCAACAUUUUCAAGAAACCCUGGACGGUUUCCUACCGGUUGAUUGAUUAGUUGCAGCUGGACACUCAGGAUUUGACCCCAUUUGUGAAAGGGGUUAUUUUUUCUGUUAGUCGGUGUCUCCUUUUUCGGUUCUUUUGUUCCCGUUCCUCCUUGCGGUUUCGGCACCGGACGUCGGCCGUUUCUGUGGAGGAAAGGUUUCGAGUUCUGUUCCAUCGGUUAUCCAAACCAAUAGCGGAAGCAGGAAACUAAAGAAGUUUACGCAACCUUACGUUGUGUGACACGGUUUUCCCUAGUUUUGUGAAUAAGCAAGAGAACAAAAAUGGCCCAAGAUAGUGACUCGAACGAGAUUAGUGCGAAAUUCUCCACCCUAAAUGUGAAUGCACUGGAAUUCGUACCGAGCUUUGCCACUUCGGCUGCCUCGGCCGCCGUCGUAGCAGCAGCCGUAGAUCCCGUCCCAGCAACGGUAUCCAGUACCACAGGUACAUCCUCGUCUGGUGGUGGCAAUUCGCCGACAUCUGCCGCGGCCACACCGACGCCUCCGUCAAGCAGUGCGGCACCCACUCCAAUGGAUGUCAAAGGAGACGAGGAGGCCAAAACCCCGGAAAAUAAUGAAAGUGAGCCUCUAGACAGUUGGGACGCGGAGGAAGACUCAAUUUUGACGCCCGAAGAUGAGGAAAUGGAAUUGGACGAUGUCGAGGUGGACGGUGAAAAUGCGGUCAAAGUAUCCAAAAAGAAAAUUCCAAAAGUUGAAGAAAGCAAAAGCAAGAAAGAGCAUGUGAAUGUAGUUUUCAUCGGACACGUUGAUGCCGGUAAAUCCACCAUCGGUGGCCAGAUAAUGUCCCUCACAGGAAUGGUAGACAAACGAACUUUGGAAAAGUAUGAGCGAGAAGCACGUGAAAAAUCCCGAGAAAGCUGGUACUUAUCGUGGGCACUUGACACAAACCAAGAAGAACGAGACAAAGGCAAAACGGUGGAGGUAGGCCGAGCCUAUUUUGAGACUGAGAAGAAACAUUUCACCAUCCUAGAUGCACCAGGACACAAGAGUUUUGUACCGAACAUGAUCGGAGGGGCGGCCCAGGCUGAUCUAGCAGUAUUGGUUAUAUCAGCUCGAAAAGGCGAAUUUGAGACCGGUUUUGAUAGGGGAGGGCAGACGCGAGAACAUGCGAUGUUAGCGAAGACAGCCGGGGUCAAGCAUUUGGUCGUGUUGGUAAACAAAAUGGACGAUCCAACGGUGAAUUGGGACGUGGAGCGGUACAACGAAUGCAAAGACAAAAUUUUACCAUACCUCAAGAAGCUGGGCUUCAAUCCUGCCAAGGAUCUGACAUUUAUGCCUGUGUCUGGUUUUACUGGUCAAGGUCUUCGGGAACAGAUUGACGAAGCCAUUUGCCCGUGGUACCGAGGGCCAGCCUUUAUUCCAUUCAUUGACGAGCUGCCUUCGCUGAACAGGAAGACCGACGGUCCUUUCAUUAUGCCGAUCGUGGAUAAAUACAAGGACAUGGGAACGGUACUGAUGGGUAAGGUUGAAUCUGGUGUAGCAAAAAAAGGAACCAAUCUACUCGUGAUGCCUAAUAGAACUCAAGUGUCAGUCGAUCAGCUGUGGUCGGAUGACGAGGAAGUGACAGCUGUGGGGCCUGGCGAAAAUGUCAAAAUCAAAGUGAAAGGCAUAGAGGAAGAGGAUGUCUCACCCGGUUUCGUGCUGUGCGACGCUUCCAAUCCAAUCAAAACUGGCAAAGUUUUCGAUGCGCAAGUAGUUAUCCUAGAACAUAAAUCAAUUAUCUGUGCGGGCUAUUCGGCGGUGAUGCAUAUACACUGUGCAGCGGAGGAAAUUACUGUUAAGGCUCUCAUUUGUUUAGUGGAUAAAAAGACUGGCGAGAAAUCAAAGACGCGGCCACGCUUCGUCAAGCAGGACCAGGUCGCCAUCAUGAGAAUUGAAUGUUCUGGGUUGAUUUGUCUCGAGCAGUUUAAACUCUUUCCGCAGAUGGGUCGUUUUACGUUGCGAGAUGAAAACAAAACUAUCGCCAUUGGUAAAGUGCUGAAGGUUAUUGAGUAAAUGGGUAACCAUUGAAUCAAUCCACAACCAACUGAUGUGCAACUAAAAAUGAACCAACAAACCAGCAACAACAAAUAUCAACAACGCUAUCUCGUCCUCUGCCGUUGAAAAUUUAUCUGACGAAAAACAGAAUAGAACAACCACACACUCAGCCAGUACUAACAUUUGUCGCUAACCAAUUUGAUGUGGUUUACAACGUGCAACGCAUUGUUCUUGUUAUGAUUACUUUUUAUUCCUUCGAAUUGCUUUCAAAGCAAGCAAAAAAUACGUUUUCGAUGAUAUCUAACCACUAUCUCUCCGAGAUUCGUUCACUGUUCUAUUUCGCAUUUCGCUUGAAGUGAUUGGUAAACAAAAUCUCCUGACGCAGAUUUAUUGGACUUAUGAAUACAAUCACGCGUAUAAGUGAAACUAAUUGAAAAUAUUCAAAUCGCGGAAGCGGAGGACUGAAAUUAUAUACAAUAAGAAAAAAAACUACACAGUUAAUGCUAACAAAAAUGAUGAUAAAAUUUGGGACAUCAUACGCAUCAGGAACAAUAAUCUUAAUGAUAACACGAUAUUGUAACGAAAAACUAAGUCCAAGACAUAGACAACCGAGCGAGCGAACUUGGAGCUGAGUGAUAGAGUAGCUCGUCAACGAUCGUGUGUGCGGCGUUUUAGUAGAGUUUUGGAUUCUGACACAGAAAGAGCAAACGAUUGAAAUCGAAAUCUAUAGCCAUUAACAGAGAACCCAAUGGACACAUGCUAUUUGAGUAAACAAAGUCUAUUGAGCAAAAUCAAUUGUUAUUUUUAAUUUGUUUCACGAUAAAAUUUGCUUAUUAUUGUAAGGUUCUUAGCUUUUUGUAUUGGCAGUAGGAAGAGCAAACACCGAAAAAAUAUGCUUCGCGAAUACACACCAGCAAGAAGCAUUUACAAAGGACAUAGAAAGGAUUUUUUACGCAGGGGUCAUUUCUGAAGCCAGAUCCAAAAACCAAGUGCUUCUCAACUUUUCGAUACUUCAUGUGAAUGUUUGAUGGUGGUUUAAAUGCAACGACGAGUGAAUGUGUGAUUGACUAGUGCUGAAAAGUAUAGAUAGCUGGCGCAUCGUUCUGUACCAGAGUCAUAUAGCGCCAUUCAAUAGAAGGAAUGAGAUGAAUGCAUGUGAAAAUAACCGACAUGAGAGUUAGUUUAACUAGUGCUAUUACGUUAUGAAGCAACAAUUAAAAAGUAACCCAAACACGCGGAGAAAGGAAAAGUACACACACACACGCGCGCAUGGCAAAAAUGAUGGCAUGUUUUGUCUGAAGGACAGCUACAACACAAAAACAAUAAAAUUGUAUUGGAAAUAAGUAAAAGGGUCAUGUUGAAACGAAUGCCGCUAGCAGAAGCAGAAAAUGGGAACUAUUCUACAUUUAAUCAAAACAGCAAUGGAAACUCCUUUAUCUAAUUAUUAUUGCAAUUUUUCCGUUUUUUAUUUGUUUAUCUUUUAAAGAAAAGAAGUAAUAAUAAAACAUCCCAAAACAACUAA